AUGCAUGAGCGCGAGUAUGUGAGCAGGUUGAUAAGGAAGUAUUAUGAGGCGUUAGAGGAGGCCGAGAGAGGGUCGACGGGGGUCGUAAGGUAUUGCGAGCGAAUGGUGGAGUUGAUGGUGGAUUUGUUGACUCAAUUACCGACGAGGAGGUUUUUUCGCACGUUAUGUGAGAGCAUGAAGGUGGUGGUAAGGUCUCGUCGCUCGUGGUUGUACGGCAGCGACGAGGGGACGUUGUUUAGGAGGUUGGUGGCCAUUUUGAGGUUUUAUGAGAAAUUUGAAAUAGACGAGUUUACAGGAAGGGCGCUGAGCAAGAAGGAGAUGGAACAUCGACACGACGCCUUCAUACACAGGGCACAGACGCUGGCGUGGAAGGAGUUUCGACAAGAGUUGGGCGAAUUUGCGCUGUCGAGCGUGAAUUCGGUAGACAGCCGCGCGUCUUUGGAGCGUUUGACGGAGCAGCUGAGCGACCAGAGGUUGCUAGAGUUUUGCGCGCGUUUGAAUUUGAUGGACGACAGGGAAUCGCAUUUCGGCCGAGAGUACGCGUUUGACGUAUUGUGUGAAGCCCUUGAGAGGAGACAGUUGCAGCUGGCCAACAUAAACGCGAAGAGUCUCUACCCUGACGAACAGUUGCUGUGGGAUGAGUCUCUCGUCGAGUCCGACCGGUUUGACGGAGUGUACGCGUUGCCGAAGCUUAAUUUGCAGUUUUUGACAUAUCACGACUACUUGCUCAGGAACUUCACUCUUUAUCGCCUAGAGGUUGCCUAUGAGAUCAGGCACGACUUGGAGGAUGCCAUAGCGAGACUUCAGCCGAGACGGACCUCCGCGGGCACGACUGUUAUGCGAGGGUGGGCGCGCAUGGCCUUGCCUAUUUCCUCCUUCUCGUGGCACCACAUAUCUCCCCCGAGACUCGGAGAGACGUGUCCCGCCUCCGUUACCGCCGACGUCGGCUAUUUUCUGUCCUGCAAGAACGAAACCAUCUGCGCCGAGUGGGACGCCCUCAAGCCGCACGACAUCGUCUUCCUCCUCCAAAUAUCUGCCAGUCUUCUCGACGACGGCGCCCAGUCGAGCCCCCCUCUCGCCGACCAAAGCUCCGCCUCUCGAUACAGAGCCGCCGCGGUCAGAGGCGCCGAGAUCCUCGAGGUCUACGACGAAGAAAAACGCCCCAUAUCUGACGCACAGUCGUCAUCCGGCUCGAGACUGGGCGCGUCUCGCAUCGUUCGCGUCUCCUUAGAUCCGGCCCAAUACUACCUCGAUUCCGUCUCCGGACAGCCGCCGGACUCCAUAUACGCCAGUCUCAAUGUGAUCGUUCGUAGAAGCGCAAAGGAGAACAACUUCAAGGCCGUCCUUGACACCAUCCGCACCCUCAUGAAUUCCCAACUCGCCCUUCCAGACUGGCUGUCCGACACCUUCUUGGGCUACGGAGACCCCCGCGUUCCCACUCUCCUCCCACACCUCGAGCACAUAGACUUUGUCGACACCUUCAGAGAUCACGAGCACCUCGUCGAGUGCUUCCCCGACUCCGAUAUCCAGUUUUCGGGCGACUCGCCCUUCCCCCCCCCUUAUUCGCUCUCGUUUAAAGACAAAUCCGUGACCGUCCACCCGUCUCCGGCCGCGCCGGCCGCGCCCUCGCUACUCAGGUUCACGCCCACCCAAGUCCGCGUGAUCCAACACGCCAUGCGUCCGGGACUCACCAUGGUCGUGGGGCCCCCCGGAACUGGAAAAACGGACGUCGCCGUCCAAAUCCUCAACGGAUGGUAUCACAACUUCCCUCACCAACGAACCCUCCUGGUCACCCAUUCCAACAACGCCCUCAACCAAAUCUUCGAAAAGCUCCCCGCGCUCCAAUUGGACCCCAAGCACCUCAUCAGACUCGGCCACGGGGGCGGACUCCUCAACACAGAACAAACCUACACCACUUCCGGACGGAUUUCCUACAUGUUCCAGCACAGACUGGACCUUCUGGCCCGAGUCGACCGCCUCGUCUCCUCCGUCAACCACCCUAAUCCAGACGCCUCUUAUUCCAUCGAAACGUCCAUUCACUUCUUCUCAUCUGCCGUGAAGCCCCUGUGGAACAAAUACAUCCGACUGCUCUCUUCCCCGCCUCCAGACUCCACUCCGUCUCAACUCGCGUCUCGGUUCCCCUUCUCCUCCUUCAUCGGCUCCCCUCCCUCCGAACUGUUCCCGGACCCCGCGGACGUCGAGUCCGUCGCCCUCAGGGCCCACCAACUCUGGUCCUCCCACCUCUCGCCUCUUCUCGACGAGCUCGAAAAGUGCAGGCCCUUCGAAGUCCUUCGGUCCUCCCACGACCACGGCAACUACCUCCUCUCCAAACAGGCAAAAAUAGUCGCCAUGACCUGCACCCACGCCGCCCUGAAGCGACAGGCCCUCAUCCAGCUGGGAUUCUCCUUCGACAACUUGCUCAUGGAAGAAGCCGCCCAAACUCUAGAAAUAGAAACAUUCAUUCCCCUGUUGCUCAGGGACCCCCUAUCCGCGAGAAAACUCCAAAGACUCGUCCUCAUCGGAGACCACAACCAACUUCCUCCCGUCGUCAAAAACACCACCCUCCAAAAAUUCUCCCACCUCGAUCAGUCUCUCUUCUCCAGAUUCGUCCGGCUGGGCGUGCCCACACUCACUCUGGACGCCCAGGCGCGGGCUCGAGCCUCCAUCGCCUCCCUCUAUAGCUGGCGAUACCCCACGCUGACCAACCUCGACCACGUCCUCUCUCGACCCGAAUUUUCCCUCUCCAACCCGGGAUUCCUCCACGAGUAUCAGUUCGUCGACGUCCCGGACUUCCAGGGCGCCGGCGAGAUCGAGCCGACUCCCCACUACUUCCAAAACCUGGGAGAAGCCGAAUUCAUCGUGGCCACGUACAUGUACAUGCGCACUCUUGGAUACCCCGCCAACAAGAUUUCCAUCAUCACCUCUUACAACGGACAGAAGCACCUCAUCCGCGACAUCGUCAGGCGCCGCUGCUCCUGGACCCCCGAGCUCGGCCCCCCCUCCAAAAUCACUACCGUCGACCGAUUUCAAGGACAACAAAAUGACUACGUCCUCCUGUCCCUCGUUCGCACCAAGGCGGUUGGCCACAUCCGCGACGUCCGACGACUGGUCGUCUCCAUGUCUCGCGCGCGCCUCGGACUCUACGUCUUCGGACGCAAAGAGCUGUUCCAAAACUGCUACGAAAUCACCCCCGUGUUCUCGAAGCUAUUCAAACGCCCCACCCAACUGCUCCUCGUCCAACACGAACAGUACUCGCCCCACUCUCGCACGGUCCUCGAACCCCCUCCCUCGGACUCCGUCUUCCCAGUCAAAGACGCCAUACACAUGGGACACAUAGUCCAGCCAAUCCCCCUCCCGCAAGGCUCUCCCGACCCCGCCGCAGCGGAACAGCGCGAUCAAACUUGA